GCUUGCGUUCCUAGGCGAAGGAAUGAUGCAGAGCGAUCGUAGUGCCUUUUGGUUCUGGCAGGAAGUCAGCACCAAGUCCACCGACGCUGUUCUCAAGCCCAUCGCCACCCACAUAGUCGGUUGGAUGCAUUACCUUGGACGAGGAACCCAGCUGGACAAACAAAAGGGCAUCAAGAUCAUACGAGAAAACAGCACGAACGAGUUCAAGCUCGGAGAAGACGAGUGUCUAGCCGGUGGAACUGGAUGUAGCUCCAAUUCGCCCGCAGCCUGCAAGUUCUUCGAUCUCUGCCAGCAGGGAUCGGACCGAGACUGGCUCUGCCGACAUCUCAUGGCCGUGUGUUUGUUUCUUGGAUUUGGAACGACUCAGGACCGGAAGAAAGCAGUGAGCAUAUUUGAGCAACUCGCCAACAAAGGCCAUAGCGACAGCCGAUUAUGGAUCGGAAAGUGCUUCAUGGGUAUCGAGGAAGUACCGGAAGAUCUCAGGAAGGCAUUCGAGUGGUUCUUCAAGUCGGCCACCGAAGGCAACCCGUACGGCCAGUGGAUGGUCGGUGAAUGCUUCUCCAAUGGAUGGGGGGUCACCAAGGACAUCGCCAAGGCAUUCGAGUGGUAUGGAAAGUCGGCUGAGAAUGGCAAUCGAUCGGGACAAUUCUAUGUCGGCUGUUGUUAUGAAUUUGAGACUGGUGUCUCCAAAAACCUCGACACUGCUAUCUUCUGGUACCGCAAGUCCGCUAAACAAGGUUACCAAGUUGCCAUCAACAGUCUCAAAUAUCUCGGAAAGUGGCCCUGAUCCCGGAACUCUGCCGAGUACCAACUCCAAAACGAUCAAGCCACAACCAAUCCCGCAAGCAGAGCAGCCAAGCAAUCCCAUCAGCAACCAUCCCAGACGCCACGACUACCAAACUCUGGACUUGUAAAGUGGCUCCGAUAAAGCAGCAAUCGCUGAGUGGCGUUGGAUUUGGCAUUUAAUACAUCCAGU